AUGAAUGGUACUUCACCUGAUCUGAUAAAAGAUGCAAUUGCUCAUCAGCAAUUAAACGAAAGACAUCUUUCUUAUAGAGAACUUUUCCAUCAACUUGACAAAGAUCAUGAUGGUCGAAUCGAUGUGGAUCAACUGAUAAAACUAUUAGAAAAAGGUGGCAUUGAAACAUCAGCGAAGAAACGAUGGGACAUUGUUCGCCGUAUUAUUGCUCAAGCUGGUGGAUCGCCUGAUGCUUCGUUUUUAUCCUUUAAAGAAUUUGCUAAUUAUAUACUACAACAAGAAAACAAGCUUAGUCUAGCUUUUAGAAAAUUGGAUGCAAAUCGUCAUGGAAAAUUCGAUGCAAAAGACUUAGUUUAUUAUUUUCGCAAGUUUCGUAUUAAACUCGAUUUGGAAGAAGCAGAGAAAUUAGUAGAAAAAAUGAAACAAGACAAUUCUCUAGAAAUCUCCUAUGAUGAAUGGCGUUCUUUCUUCAUGGUAAAUCCAGCAAUUCUUGAAAGUGUCACUGGUGAUCCCAACGAAAUGCUUCGAUAUUGGCGUCGAGCGACACAUCUAAAACUAGGUGAAACAUCCUAUGUCUUAUCGGAAGACGAUGAUAUUCAUACUAAACAAUGGUGGGAGAAUCUUGUCGCUGGUGGUUGUGCUGGUGCCGUAUCUCGAACAGCAACUGCCCCUUUUGAUCGAUUGAAAAUAAUUAUGCAGUAUUUGGGUUCGAGACAACGGAUGUCUAUCAUCAAUGGUUAUCGAUACUUGAUUAGAGAAGGUGGCGUGAAAAGUUUAUGGCAUGGAAAUGGUAUGAAUGUGACGAAAAUCAUACCUGAGACAGCGCUUCGAUUCGCAUUUUUCGACGAAACUAAAAAACUGGUGAAAAUCAUUCAAGGUAAAGAUCUAAAUACCGAAGCAACCGUGUUCGAACGAUUCGUAUCCGGCGCGAUUGCGGGUUUCUUAUCUCAAACUAUUGUGUAUCCUCUAGACGUAUUAAAAGUACGAUUAGUGCUGAGAAGAAAAGGUGAAAUUUCUACUUGGGCGGAUGUUAUUAGACAAAUAUACAGAUGUGAAGGUUCUAAAGCUUUUUGGCGUGGCUACACACUUAAUCAAAUUGGUAUAGUUCCAUACGCAGGCUUUGAUCUGGCAUGUUACGAAAGUUUAAAGCGUUUUUACAUAAAGUCCCAUGGAAAUCGCGAACCUCCCGUGUACAUCUAUCUUACUUGUGGUGCUAUCUCAUCAUUUGCCGGUCAAAUACUCACCUAUCCUGUCACAUUACUACGCAUACGUCGACAAGGACAAAUCGUUCCAUUGCCGCAUAUGGAUCAAAGUAAAGCACAUCCAGUUCUACCUAUUCAUGUGAUGGUAAAAGAAAUCUGGCACAAGGAAGGUUUAGUUGGCUUCUAUCGUGGUCUUGUUCCUAAUAUGUUAAAAGUUGUUCCUGCUGUUUCGAUUUCAUAUCUUGUUUAUGAAACAAUCAUCAAAGCUCUUUCAACUGAAAAGCAUAAACCGUUUAAAAAGAAAUGGAUGUUUUCCUCACGUCAUGGUUCGCAUUCCAAUGAACUUGCUUUGGAAUAUUUCGAUUUCGCAUAUCCACUUAUAUUUCAUCGGCAUUGGCCAUCGAUACGACUUGCUCUACUUAGUUUACCGAAACCUGUCGCGUUGAUUAAUCCGUAUUCGUUAUCGAAGAAAGCCGUUCAGGAAAAACUAGUGCAAGAGGGCGCGGUUGAUCUCUUGCGAUUUGAUAAUAAACAAGUGCGUGAAGAUUUCUCGCUCAUCCAAGAACGAAUUGCGAAGAGCGAUGAAGAAUAUGGAAUCAAAAAGUUAUUAGAACAAAAAGAGAACCGAAGAUUGCUUGGUACGAGUGACCUAACUAAUGAACAAGAAGAAAUCGACGACGAUGAUGAUGACGAUGACGAUAAAGAUACUGGAAACAACGAUGAUAUCAAUGCCUUCAAUCAACCACAACCCGUGAAAACCCUUGAUGAUAUUUACAAACAGGCACUUGAACAGCAGGUACAUUCAGUGGUUAAAGGCAAUGCUGUACCUGUUGUCGAUGAUGAUAAAGAUCGAAAUUACAAAAAAGUUCCUCCAUCAUGGCAUGUUUAUACAUUUCCACGUAGUAAUAUGUCAAGAUUUGAACCAGCCAAAACAGAUGAACUUAAUCUAUUGGAUUAUUAUUGUAUGGAUGGAGCUUGUGUGCUUCCAAUACUUGCGCUUGAUGUUCAGCCAUUUCAUUCAGUGUUAGAUAUGUGCUCAGCACCUGGUGGUAAAGCAUUGAAUAUAUUUCAUUCUUGUCCUUACAUACAAUUGACAUGCAAUGAUACUGAUAAUCAACGAUGGAAACGUUUAGUUGAAGUAUUCACUCAAACAGUUCCAAAAGAUACAUUGGCCAAGUAUGUGAGACUUGUUAAAGGUGACGGUUGCCUGUUUGGACAACAAGAACCAGCUAGUUUUGAUCGAGUGCUUGUUGAUGUUCCAUGUACAAGUGAUCGUCAUGCUCUAAGCACUGCUUUUAAUAUAUUUUCGAAAAAACGUGUUCAAGAACGAGUAAAUCUACCCGAUUAUCAACGCAAACUACUCGAAUCAGCAAUUCGGGCGUGUAAACCAGGUGGCAUCGUUGUUUAUUCUACAUGUACAUUAGCUCCUGCUCAAAAUGAAGGUGUUGUCGAACGAGCUAUUGAAAAUUUGGCAUCUUCUUCAACAUCAAAUCGAAAGCAUCGUGAACAAAAGAAUGACAAUGCGAUCAAGUGCGAGAUUGUUUCAACGCAACCGUUAGAGAAACACUAUGCUUAUUUCUUUCAAUUUCAUGCGAAAACACGUUAUGGUAGUCUUGUUUUACCGCAUAUUUCCAACAACUUCGGUCCGUUAUAUUUUUUUGAAAUGAGUCAGUGGAAACCCCUUGCAGGCGAUUGUAUACUGAGAAAAGAGACCUGGAUAGAACAUGCAUCUCAAAAUGCAAGAUUAUUUCAAGAUGUUUUGAUAGUUAUGUUGAUCUUAGCCUCUACGUAUAAAAAAGCGCAUUGCACUGAUAAUAUGAUCGGAGAAAUACUUAGAUCGUAA